AUGCCCCAAAGACCUCGCAAACCUGUUCACAGGCAGAGCAAGCCUGUCAAGCAGGAUGGCCAUACAGACUCUGGAACAGCCACGAGUUCUAAGGAUGCCUUGUCAACCUCCCAUGGCACAUAUUCCAAGCGAUCCAAAGAAAACUCCAUACUUCCUAGACCCAGAGCAAUUUUACACCAAAACCCGGUGCCAAAGCCCUCAAAGUCUGGGCAGAACACUUGCCUGCAUGGUCUUAUAGGAAACUACUCUAGUCGCGCCGCUGCAAACACAACUAACACCAACAGCACUAUUUCCAAUGCUACUUCAAGCUGGUCUAACGCUGCCGUCGACUUGCCUGUGGCACACGCCGCUCAAGGAAGUAAAAGGGGAAAUGCGAAAGCUGAUCUUUUCUGCGAAGUGUCCGGCUCGGUUAGGAACAAGCCGGAGUCUGGCGGCCAGAAUCUAAACAACACUAGUUUGGCUCCUUUGCCUGUUACUGGACCACAAGGCCGACGAAGGGGUAAAAAUGGCAAGACUUCGAAGCCAAGCAGUAAAAGGGAAAGGGGGCUUGAAGUUAUGCAAAGGCCGCAACUCGGCCAGCCCCAAAACGCCGUAGGUCUGGGUCUGGCAAACGUGAGAAGCACAAUCGCAUCGUUAUUGGAGACGACGGCCUCCAAUGACCAACAACAUAAACCCCAUCUGCUCGUCACAAGUGAUCUGUUGCCGACUUUCCCAGACAACGACCAGCCAAACGCUAAAGAUCAAGUAGCUGGGCCCCAAACCGCAAGUCUGCCCAAUUCCAAGACCAAACGGUCUUGUGGUGGCAGGAAGACAAAGCAAAACACUCAUUCUCAACAUCUUUGCAAUACUCCGAACAACCACAAACGCACCAGUAAUGAAUCCAAAAGCAUGUCUGCCGAGACUGGAGCUACUCAAAACAAAGCCCCUGCUGGAGCCUCGGCAUCUCACAAGCUUCCUGUAGCUCGACGCCCACAAAAACGUUACAAGUCCUCUCUGGAAGUGGCAUCAGUUCUUGCUGCAGCUCUUGCAGCCGCCACGGGUGCAGAAACAACCGCAAGAGCAACCGCUCGGGGGUCUAUGCAUCAGGCAGAUAAGGCCAACGAGGACGGAGGAUCCCUCGAAGGACCGGUCUGUUUUACUCCCGCUGACCUCCUUUCCGAGCACAACCGUCGUAGCCUCAAGUCAAACCAAGCCGUCACGGUCUUUCCGACGGGUCUUCUCCCACCUAUUGAGUUUGACGCCUGCCCUCACACAUCCUCUGGAUAUAAACUCGACUGGGAUGAGGACCGCGAUGCGUGUGCGGCACUUCCGCCAAUUACAGAUCGCAAGACCACUCGCAAACCUGUCAUCAAGUCCGCCAAGAAGCCCAGCUUCAAGGCCAAAGGAAAUACUAGGACCAAGACCAAUGGCAAAACCAACUCCGAGCCCCCAGCUAACACCAAGCGUAAAAAGACAGCCAAAUUGACGACACCGGAAGACAAAGAGACGCGGUACCUCCCAGUAAAUGCGUAUCUUGCUCCCAGCAACAUAGAUCCUAACCAACUGCAGGCCACCCAGUUGGCAUCCUUGGCGUUGCAGGAGGUUAUUGAAGACCCGGACUUUUGA